AGAAUCAUAGCCCACCUUUUACAAUUUUCCACUCUUCAUUUUCAAUCCAAAUUCAAAUCUUUCUACUCUUCAAACAAUUUAUUGACAAACCCUCUUUUCUUCAACUGAAAAAAAUAAAAAGAUGGGAUUUUUAACCCUCUCUGUUGGGUUCUUUCUUGGUGUGCUUGUGAUUAUUUCUCUUGAAUUUCUGGGUUUGUAUUUCUUGGUAGUAAGAUUGAGUAAAAAGAAAGUUAAAGAUGAAGAAACAAAGCACACAUCUCGAGAAGUUCAUGGAGAUCACUUGGAUCUUUCUUACCCCAGUAAGCAGUUACUUUACUAUACAUCAGGGACCAGUGUGGAUUCUAGAUUUAGAAAAGGUCCCAAAGAACUGGAUAAGUGACAAAGGAUCACGAGAACAGAAAAGAAAGAUUGAUGUCCUGGAAGUCAACCCUGUCCGCAAAUAUGCUAAUCUCAAAGAUCAGGCACUUAAAAUAACAGAACCAGAUGGCUCGAGUACAGUAAUCCAGUUGAAGAACUGCAGCAUUGCAGCUGUGUCUGCUACAAACUUACCUUCAAGAAAAUGGGCUAAGAAGUACCCGAUUAAAGUGGAGACUGAGACUUCAGCAAUAUACAAUGGUAGUAAAAGCUUAUACAUUUAUUUGGAGACAUCUGUUGAAAAGGAAUCGUGGAGUAAAGCACUCCGUAUCUCCUCUUGUAGUACCAACAAAAAACUCAAAUCUUUUGUACAGCUGCGUACGGACUUUCAAAAUUACUUGACAGCUCUAAACACCGAACAUCCUUCACUAAUGAAACCAACUACGGGUUUCAAUGCCGAGUCAAUAGAAAAGUCUAUAAAGAUUGACGGCUCCUCAUCGAAGGUUCGCCACUUCCUAAAAAAACUUGCGAAGAAAACUUCUAAGAGUGGUUCAGAUUAUAAGGCAAACUCCGAGCUAGGACGUGGAGGGAAAAAUGUGAAUGAGAAAUCUCGUUUACUUCAGGAGUCUGCAGCAAAAUUCUUUGUAAAGCCUACUGCAGUUGGAAAAGUACUCAACUCUUUGGAUGAAAAUGCGGAAGCAGCAAGCAUUACUCGUGCAGGUAGCACAAGUAGUGUCUCUGUCAUUUCUGAAGCAGAUUCUGAUGAUAGGCUUUUUAGCGAUGAAGGGACGCUUUGUUGGAAUUUAUUAUUAUCACGAUUAUUCUUCGAUGCAAAGAGCAACUCGAGGAUAAAAAGCUUUGCACAAGCAAGAAUUCAGAGAUCUUUGUCGAAUAUUAGAACCCCCAGCUACAUUGGUGAAGUUAUGUGCACUGGUGUACAUCUUGGGAACCUUCCUCCAUACAUUCAUGGCAUGAGGGUUCUUCCAUCAGAUAUGAAUGACAUCAUGGCAUUAGAACUCGACAUUGAAUAUCGUGGUGGUGCAGUGUUAGAUAUUGAAACAAGGGUUGAAGUUUGUGGUAUUGAUAUAUCAGAAAACAUGACUUCAAAUUUAGACCCGACCUCUGUGGAUGAAGUCACAUCAGAUCUUUUAGAAGGUAUUGAGCACUAUGGGAACCAGUUUAAGCUCUCUAAAGGGGAAGCCGAUAAAACGGAGGCUAGGAAUGAGGGCAACCCUAAAUUUGGUAAGAUGAAAAGUUUUAAGAGUUCUUUACAGGAAUCAACUUAUGCAUCUAAGUGGAGAUCAAUGAUAAAUACAGUUGCUAAACAAGUUUCAGAAGUGCCUAUCUCUCUGGGAAUAAGGGUAGCAUCUCUUCGAGGAACUCUGAGAUUAGAGAUAAAAGCUCCUCCAUCUGAUCAGAUAUGGCUUGCAUUCACAUCUGUGCCUGAUAUUGAUUUAAAUUUGGAGUCUUCUGUAGGGGAGCACAAGAUUACCAAUGGACAUAUUGCUCUGUUUCUAAUCAAUCGAUUUAAGGCAGCCAUUCGUGAAACUAUGGUGCUUCCUAAUUAUGAAAAUAUAUACAUCCCAUUUAUGAUAGCUGAAAAUGAUGACUGGCUCCCUAGGCAAGCAGCUCCAUUCAUUUGGGUAAAUCAAGAAGCCAGCACUGAUUCCCCAAUCAUACAUGAAAAACCAAGCUCCCAACACGAUGAAGGAACACAAUUAAGUGGAUCUGAAAGGGAGACGCACAGCAAAACGGAAUCAAAUGAAAGCAAAAUCGAAAAAGCCGACGGUCUUCAACUGCAAACUAAGAAAUCCGUAGCAACACCAUCAGAAUCCACUAAUCAGUCAUCUGUUAGUGAAAAUCCUAUCCAAGAAUUAAAAACUCCAUUGUUGGGAGCUGGUGAACCAGAAGAAAUUCCCUUGUUGAGUAAAGAGGAGCAUGUGGAGAGGCAAGAACCAACUCCAGGAACCCAGUCACCAUCACGAUCAUCGAGUAUAUAUGAUUCAUCAUCACGUUCAUCAAGUAUAAUGGAUGAAGAGACUCAUUCAAUUCAGGGAGACGAGUCAAGGCCAAAAAGAAUGGGGAAUACGCGUGCAAAGAUGCUUGGUUUGGGGAAAAAGAUGGGGGAAAAACUUGAAGAGCGGAGGCGUCAUAUUGAAGAGAAAGGCAGAAACAUUGUAGAGAGGAUGCGAGCGCCUGACAAAGCUGGCUCUCAGUGAUACACAUGUAGAGAGUUACUGGACACAUUUAACAUACAGUAAGCAAACCUUUAUUCUGCCGAGUCAA